AUGCGCCAACAAACCAUCAUCAAGGACGGCCGUUUCGUGACAGGCUGGCAUUUUGAUUCCCGCGACGACUUUCUCCAAAAUGGGCCCCGCCUCCCCUCGUCGAUGCGCGAGGAAUACGAAUCACAAUUCCCACCUCCCACCUCAUCCCCACCGUCAUCCCCCUCAUCCCCCUCCACCCCUCCUCCGCCACCGCCGACCUCGCAGCCGGUGCUGAUCCUGCGCGCCCCGCAGUCCGGAAGACUAUACCACAUCUGCCCGCCCACGCACCCACAGAUGCUUCGCAAGCAGUGGGCCGCCAUGCUCCAGCGACGGAAGAUCUUCCUUCGCGGGGAGGCGUGGAAGGGCGUGACUCUGGGCGAGCUCGCGGCCAUUUGCGCGAGGAGGGUUGGCGCUCUUGAGGGGUGGACUAGGCUGGGUGUCGGGGUGGGGGAUAUCUCUUUGGGGUUUUGUGGGGUGAAGGUUGGCAGGGAGAUCACCAUUGGUGAAUUAAUUGACUUUGCUCGCGUACGCUUGGAAGAGCCUGACGAGGGCGUUUGGGAGUGUCCGGUUUUCCUAGAGGUUGGGAUUCACAAGGCUUCUACGACGGUGGCGGGUUGCGGUGAUGAUGAGAGGAGUCGCAAGAAGAGGAGGAAGGGGGAGGGGGAGGUGGAGGUGGAGGUGGAAGACACAAUCCAGCCUUCACUUAUCGCUUCUCCUAGCAGUGGGACUAUAGCUGGGUAUUUGGGAUUGGCUCGUGGUGAGAGGCAUGGGGGAUAAUUUCUUUCCCUUCCUUUCCUGCUAUUUCUACAAAUUAUAUCCUUUGCUUCUUUCUUUCAGGCUACUCGCUGGGA